GGAUAAAUAGGGACUGUGGAGAAAAAGGAAACACAUAAUAUAAAAUCAGAAGUAGAGUUGCUAGAAGACUGCAGAAGGCUGACUGGCUGAAACACAAACAAGACACAAUCAAACACAGGUGGACAGAGUCACGCACAAGACAACAAAGGACAAUGUCUUACGGGGACAUCAUGAGAGUUGACACAACUGGUGCAGGACCAGAAACAUCUCGGCAGGACAAGUUGAGUGUCACAGGUGUGGCGGCGUCUCAAGCCAUGGCACAAACAGAUCUGUCCAGAAUGAACCAGUACAAGUCCAUCAUUACACAAGUGGGAAAUGAAAAGGGAAUUGCUCCUGCUCUCAUUGCUGGCAUCAUCUCUAGAGAAUCCAGGGCUGGGAACGCACUGAACAAUGGCUGGGGAGACCAUGGCAAUGCCUGGGGUCUCAUGCAGGUUGAUAAGCGGUAUCACACACCUCAAGGUGGAUGGAACAGUAAGGAACAUCUGUCUCAGGGCACAGGUAUCUUGAUUGGUUUUAUAGUAGCAAUCAGAAGCAAGUUUCCUGACUGGACUGCAGAGCAGCAACUCAAAGGUGGGAUAGCCGCCUACAACUGUGGGACCGGAAAUGUGCAAACUUUGGCUGGAAUGGAUAUUGGCACUACUGGUAACGACUAUUCCAGUGAUGUUGUUGCCAGAUCUCAGUGGUACAACACCGAUGGAGACUUUCAGGUGUGAAAACAAUGCAAUGAAGAAAGCCCUCGUCAACACGCAAUAAACAUGAUGGAAAAUAAAACCA